AUGGCUAGUGACGACAAGUCACGAUCAUCCCGUUUUGCAAGACCACAGAAUCCCACUCCCGAGAAGGCAUCAUCACAUCCCUCGGCUGCGCCAUCGUCUCCACAACAAGCUCCUGAGACUGGCACGGCCACGACGAAAGCUGGAGAUAACGCUACCCCUGCCGAGACGCCUGAUGAUUCACCCGAGCAGCAACCAGACCUAUCCAAGCUCCCAGAUCUCACCCAGGGUAUCCCCUCAACACUGGAAUACGAGACCACCGGCGCGAGCAACCGAUCCGCCUUGGCUGAGCUCGAGGGGGAGGAAGCAUCGACAUCGGGUGCCGGUGGCAGAGGGAAGGGGGAGUUGCCUGCUUCGGCAUACAUCUCUUCAUCUGAGCGGAGGCGCCAAAGGCUCGCAAACUACAUGUUUGCCACCAUAGGGCUGUCUAUUGUCGGUGGCACGGUUUACCUCGGGAGGGACUGGGACGAGGAUGAUCUGAAGAGACAUCCCAACUCGCCCAAUGGCUGGGGGCUGGGCCUCUGGUGGAACCGAGUCUCGACCCGACUCGGCGAGACUAUGAGCUACUAUCAGGAACCUGCCUUUGAGAAGCUGCUCCCCGAUCCCGACCCUAGCUUCGAGAGACCGUACACGCUGUGUAUCAGUUUAGAGGAUAUGCUUGUGCACAACGAAUGGUCUCGCGAGCACGGCUGGCGUGUGGCGAAGCGACCCGGUGUCGACUACUUCCUGCGCUACCUCAGUCAGUAUUACGAGCUGGUCCUCUUUACGACAGUUCCUUUUGCCAUCGGAGAGCCGCUGGUGCGCAAGCUCGAUCCCUUCCGCUUCAUCAUGUGGCCACUCUAUCGUGAGGCCACCAAGUACAAGGACGGCGAGAUCAUCAAGGAUCUCUCCUACCUGAACCGUGACCUCUCCAAGGUCAUCAUUAUUGACAGCAACGCGAAGCACGUUCGCGACCACCCCGAGAACGCCAUCGUACUACCCCCGUGGAAGGGCGAAUCCCAGGAUAAGGAACUCGUAGGCCUUAUUCCCUUCCUCGAGUACAUCUACACGAUGCAGUACGGCGACGUACGCAAGGUCAUCAAGUCCUUCGACGGCAAGCACAUCCCCACCGAGUUCGCCCGCAGGGAAGCCAUCGCGCGGGCCGAGUUCAACAAGCAGCUCGAGGCACAGCGGGGCAAGGGUCCGGCCAAGGGCACCGGCGGCGGCCUUGGCAUGCUUGGCAGCCUGCUCGGGUUGAAGCCCAGCAACAUGAGCCUGAUGGUGGCUCCCGAGGGCGAGGAGAACCCCACCGAGGCCUUUGCCAAGGGCAAGAUGCUGCAGGACCUCGCGCGGGAACGGGGCCAGCGAAACUACGAGCUUCUGGAGAAGGAGAUCCGCGAGAACGGGGAGAAGUGGCUGAAGGAGGAGGCCGAGAUGCAGGAGAAGGCGCAGAAGGAGGCCAUGAAGAGCAUGCAGUCCUCUUUCACCGGCUGGUUCGGCCUGCGGCAACCAGAGAAGGGCGACGAAGCCAACCCGCCGCCAGCCGAGAAGAAGGACUGA